AUGGAUUCCGAUUCUGUGGAGGUCCGCAGACACCUCAACCAAACCAACGUCAGAGUCCAGCAGCUGGUGGUGGUGGUGCUGGUGGCGGUGGUGGCGGUGGUGGUGGUGGUGGCGGUGGACCCGGUGCUGCUGCUGCUGCUGCUGCUGCUGCUGCAGCAGCAGCAGCAGCAGCAGAUUCAGGAGCAGCAGGAGGAGAUAAAGAAGAUACAGGAACAGCAGCAGCAGCAGCAACAGCAGCAGCAGCAGCAGCAGGAGAAGGAGACAAUGAUGAAAUAG